AUGAGUGGCUUUCAUCGUCUAGGCAAUAAUCAUAACCAAUACGGGGAUGAAGACGAUAUUUCGUUAAACGACUAUUUAAAUCAUCAACAGUCGGGAGUGUAUAAUUAUAACCCAGCAGAUCAACAAGACAGAAUGGCUAGUGAUAACUCAAUUAAUUUCCAACAACCACAGCCAGUGUAUAAUAACCAACACGGAGACAGUUACGAGGAAUUUGACAGUUAUUACCACGAUGAAGAGAUGGAACCAUCGAAUAUUUUCACCACGUCCAAUGCUCCACGGCCACCGAAUUUAGCACCAUUGCCCCAGAGCGAAGAUCCCUUUGAUACGAGACCGUACAAUGAUAAUUCAGAUAUGGAUAACUACGAGUUGAAUCAAUUUCACGAUUAUGGGUAUACCGGAGAAAACUACGACCAUGCGUUCGUACCCAAUGUGUAUGACGAUGAGGAAGAAAAAGAGUUUGAUCAAAGGAUUCAGUACAACCAGUUUGAAGGUGAUUCAUACGAUUUAAAUACUGUGCAAGUGGUGAAUCCGUUGGUGCCUGAAGAUGAACUAGUUGACAUUCCUCAAUCUCCGUUCGGCGAAGAAGGAGACGAAUUUGUGAGGCCCCCAGAAGAAGGCGAAGAAGAGAUCAGGUCCAAGCCUCAAAUUGGUAUUGCAUCAGGUUUAAACGGUCAUUUAGUUUUGGAUUGUCCAGUAGCGACAGAGUUACUAAGAAAAUUUCCUGACUACAGACAAACAGAAAAGGAUAACGGGUUAUCAAGAGAAUUCGCCUAUAUGAGAUAUACAGCAGUUACAUGUGGGCCAUCUAAUUUUUAUAGGGAUGGCUAUAUUUUGAGACCAGUACAUUACCCAAUGCCACGUCAAACGGAAUUGAUGAUAGUAGUCACUAUGUACAAUGAAGAUGAUAUUCUUUUAGCAAAAACAUUGAAGGGGGUAUUCAAGAAUAUAAAGCAUUUGGAAUCCAGAACAAGGUCUCCUGUUUGGGGAAAGAAUUCCUGGAAGAAGGUGGUUGUAUGUAUUGUAAGUGAUGGUCGUUCCAAGAUCAAUGAAAGAGCACAAGCAUUAUUGGCAGGUUUAGGAGUGUAUCAAGACGGGUUAGCUAAGAGUAGAGUUGACGACAAGAAAGUGCAAGCCCAUAUUUAUGAAUAUACCACAAGAGUUGGUAUUUCUAGUGUUGAUGAUACAGUUAAGCUCACUACUGAAAAAAUCGUUCCAGUACAGUUACUAUUCUGUUUGAAAGAAAACAAUGCCAAAAAAAUCAAUUCCCACAGAUGGUGUUUCCAAGCUUUGGGACAAGUAUUAGAUCCGAGAGUGGUGAUUUUAUUAGAUGCUGGUACUCAACCUUCGGGUAAAGCUUUAUAUCAUUUGUGGAAAGAAUUCGACAAGAACCCUCAAGUGGCAGGUGCAUGUGGUGAAAUAAAAGCUGCUUUAAGAAAAAGACAGCUAGUUACAAAUCCUUUAGUAUAUGCCCAAAAUUUCGAAUAUAAGAUUUCGAAUAUUUUGGAUAAACCAACCGAAUCAGUAUUCGGAUUCAUUUCGGUAUUGCCUGGUGCAUUUUCAGCUUACAGAUAUGUUGCUCUUCAGAAUGAUAUCAAUGGCAAAGGGCCAUUAGAAAAAUAUUUUAAGGGGGAAUUUUUGCACGGAAGUGGUGAGCUUGAUCCUAAUGAUGAUGAAUACGAAUUAAAAAAGACAGAAUUGAAAGAGGAAGCAGGGAUAUUCACUUCAAAUAUGUAUUUGGCAGAAGAUAGAAUUUUAUGUUAUGAAUUAGUUGCCAAAAAGGGCUGCUCCUGGUUAUUGAGGUACUGUAGAACUGCAUCUGCAGAAACCGAUGUUCCACAGGGGUUAGCUGAGUUUAUUUUACAGAGGAGAAGAUGGUUGAAUGGGUCAUUUUUUGCGGCUAUUUACGCAUUAGCACAUUUCCCUAAGCUUUGGGGCUCUUCACAUUCAAUUGGGAGGAAAAUCUGUCUUCAUAUUGAAUUCAUAUACCAAUUCUUAAAUUUAGUUGUUUCUUGGUUUUCAAUUGGUUCAUAUUUUUUGGUUUUCAGAAUAUUGACAACUUCGUUAGCAGAUUCUAAUCUAAAUUUUGCCCCAGGAAAUGUAUUAUCGGUAAUAUUUCUAUGGCUUUACUUAGCAUCAAUUGUUACUACAUUUGUUUUGAGUUUUGGUAAUAAGCCUAAAGGAACAGAAAAAUUUUACAUAGUAAUUGUUAUUUUCUUCGCAAUAUUGAUGGCGUAUAUGAUAUUUGCAGCCAUAUUCAUGGCUGUUAAUUCAAUUCAGCUGAUCUAUGAGGAUGAAAGUAAAAUUACGGUAUCACUUUUUUUUAAGAAUGAGCAAUUCAGAGAUUUAGUGGUUGCAACUGCCUCCACUUAUGCAUUGUACUUUGUUGCAUCAUUUAUUUAUUUUGAACCAUGGCAUAUGUUUACCUCAUUCAUCCAAUAUAUCUUACUCUCGCCAGCAUAUAUUAAUGUUUUGAACAUUUAUGCGUUCUGUAAUAUUGAUGAUAUUUCAUGGGGUACCAAGGGUGAUACAGGAGCUAAAGAUUUAGGUUCGGCAAUGGUUAGAGAAGAUGGUACUUUCGAUGUCAAUAUACCAAUAUUAAAGGAAGAAAUCAAUCAGUCUUACUUGAAUCAAUUAGAAAAGAUUAAGAAGCCACUUGAAGACGAUGGUCCUAAACCAGAAACAAGUAAUGAGGAUUAUUAUGCAUUUAUCAGGUCGAUGACUGUUUUGAUCUGGAUGUUUUCCAAUUUUAUUAUCAUUGCCGUCGUUCUCGAAACUGGUGGAUUUAGUCAAUUUUCUUCGGAUGAGACAGAGGAUGAUAAUACAAGGUCCAAAAUUUUCUUGACAGUUAUAUUAUGGUUAGUUGCAUUCAUGGCAUUAUUUAGGUUCAUUGGAUGUGUAAUGUAUUUGAUACAUAGAUUUAUCAUGAGAUUUAAACAUUCUCAGUCGAAGAAGGCAUAA